CAGAGAGGCAGGAAGGAAGUGGGCCUCCUUAGACCAGGAUUUCCUGACUGUCUAGGACUCAUACUCCCACCCCUUAAUCCUUCCGUGCCCGGCUGGGAGAGAGAAUUUGUCCAUUUGGCCUCUUCCUUCCUUCUCCUCCUUCUGAGGAAAUGUGACUGUUGGCUGGGAAUUUUGGAGUAGAGUGUGUUCAGGGAUUUCUUUCCCUUGAGAGAGGAGAGCCUAGGAAAAGCAUCUUGAAUCCAAUUUUCUUCUUCAUCAAACAGUGGUUCAAACAUGGAGAGAACCAACUCACCUGGACUUGAAGCAGGACUUGGGAGUAGUGGGGAAUUCUGGGAAAGCACUACCCAGACGUUCCUGAAUACACACAUACAGCACCAGCGCUUCAGGCAGUCCUCCUACCAUGAGGGUGAGGGACCCAGAGAGGUUUGCAGCCGCCUCCACGAUCUCUGCCGCCAGUGGCUGAAGCCAGAGCAACACACCAAGGCUGAGAUGCUGGACCUGGUGAUCCUGGAGCAGUUCCUGAGCCUCCUGCCCCCAGAGAUGGGGAGCUGGGUCCGAGAGUGUGGAGCAGAGACCUGUUCCCAGGCGGUGGCCCUGGCGGAAGGCUUCCUCCUGAGUCAGGCAGAAGACAAGAAGCAGGAAGAACAGGUCCAAAAUAACUGCAUGGAAGUCCAGUCUAAUAUCCCUGCAUCAGAGAAAUCUCCAUCAAACACCACCCAGAGUCUCAGGCUUAAACAGGAAGGAGAUGGGGCUACAGCCUUGCAGGAAGCUGGAAUGAUGUCGUUGCCGAAUCCUCAGUCGUUUCUUCCCCUUUGUGAUGGAGUGGAACUGAAUCAGGGCCAAAUUGCCUUUGAGGACGUGGCUGUCCAUUUCUCCCUGGAGGAGUGGGUUCUCCUGAAUCCUGAUCAGAUAGUCUUGCACAUGCAGAUCAUGGAGGAAAUUCGUGGGCUUGUGGACUCUCUUGUAUAUAACGGGGAGAAGAGCAAUGUAUGCACAAAACACAGAAAACAUUUUGGGAAGAAUGGAGACCUUCCUCGACACCAGCAAGCCCAAAGUGAAGAUGAAGAUUCUGCCAGAGAAAAGCCCUACAAAUGUGAUGUAUCUGGUCAAUGUUUUACUCAAAACAUGGCACUAGUGCUUCACAAGACACUCCAUCCUGGGGAAAACGAUCUUAAAUGGAAAGUAUCAGCAACAUGUGUGAUUGAUCACAAAUUGCCAAAUGUGGGCCAACAAGAAAUUUUUGCAGGAACCGAGGAUUAUCGUUCACAGUUGGUGAGCUACAAAAGACACCAAACAGGAGAAAAGCCAUACCAGUGCCAGGAGUGUGGGAAAUGUUUUGCUGAAAGUUCACACUUGGUGAGGCACAAAAUACUCCACACAGGAGAGAAACCAUACCAAUGCCAGGAGUGUAGGAAAUGUUUUGCUUACAGUUCAGACUUGGUGAGGCACAAAAGACUCCACACAGGAGAGAAGCCAUACCAAUGCCAGGAGUGUGGAAAAAGUUUUGCUUACAGUUCAGAUUUGGUGAGGCACCAAAGACUGCACACAGGAGAGAAGCCAUACCAAUGCCCGGAGUGUGGGAAAUGUUUUUCUUACAAUUCUGACUUGGUGAGCCACAAAAGACUCCACACAGGAGAGAAGCCAUACCAAUGCCAGGAGUGUGGAAAAUGUUUUACUAACAGUUCAAACUUGGUGAGCCACAAAAGACUUCACACAGGAGAGAAGCCAUACCAAUGUCAGGAUUGUGGGAAAUGUUUUGCUGACAGUUCAGCCUUGGCGAGCCACAAAAGACUCCACACAGGGGAGAAGCCUUACCAAUGUCAGGAGUGUGGGAAAUGUUUUUCUUACACGUCAUGCUUGGUGAGCCACAAAAAACUCCACACAGGGGAGAAGCCAUACCAAUGUCAGGAUUGUGGGAAAUGUUUUGCUGACAGUUCAGCCUUAGUGAGCCACAAAAGACUCCACACAGGGGAGAAGCCUUACCAAUGCCAGGAAUGUGGGAAAUGUUUUGCUCGCAGUUCAUACUUGGUGAGUCACAAAAGACUCCACACAGGAGAGAAGCCUUACCAAUGCCAGGAGUGUGGGAAAUGUUUUGCUUACAGUUCAGCCUUCGUGAAACACAAAAGACUUCACACAGGAGAGAAGCCUUACCAAUGCCAGGAUUGUGGCAGGUGUUUUGCUUACAGUUCAGAUCUGGUGAGCCAUAAAAGAUUCCACACAGGAGAGAAACCAUACCAAUGCCUGGAGUGUGGGAAAUGUUUUAUUCAGAUCUCAUCCCUUAACAAGCACCAGAGAAUACACACAGGCCAAUAAACAUCCUUUGUGGGUAAACAUCUGAUUUCAAAAAGGUCAGUUUGAAAAGUUCUGCCUAAGAUUUGUUAGAUUCCCCUUUCUUGUCAUUUGAAUCCCUAAAUGGAGUUCCUGUUCUUGGAGCAACGGAAAGCAAGCUCCCUGUGACAAUCCUUCAGAGGGUAAAAUACGAUCGCCAUGUCACCUAUUCUGUAGAAAAAAUAAACCAUAUGUAAUUCCA